AUGCAAAAUCAAGAUGCUGCCAUCAAGAAACUGGAAACACAGAUCGGCUACCUAUUCAAGCAAAUUCCUGGUCACAGCAUUUGUAACAACACUAAUGCAAACCCAAGGGAGAAGUGUCAGGCUAUCACCCUCAGAAGUGGAAAAAAAUUGAAGGAGCCCUCCAAAGAACCACAAGAGAAGAACACGGAUGGAGGGGGAAAAGGACAAGAGAAAGUUCAAGCCACCACUCCCAACUCACAUCUAGAAGGAGAAGUGCUGAAGCCAUAUGUUCCAAAAGCCCCGUAUCCUCAGCAAUUGAAGAAGAGUGGAGACGACAGCCAAUUCUCACUAUUCUUGGAAGUUUUCAAGAGACUACAGAUUAACAUACCCUUUGCAGAAGUAAUAGAGCAAAUGCCGCUCUAUGCUAAGUUCUUGAAGGAAUUGAUGACCAAGAAGAGAAGUUGGAAGAACAACGAGACUGUGGUACUAACCAAAGAAUGUAGUGCCAUCAUUCAGCACAAGUUACCCCAGAAAUUGAAGGAUCCUGGGAGCUUCCAAAUCCCUUGUGUCAUAGGGAAAAUCAUAGUGGAAAAGACUUUGUGUGAUUUUGGAGCCAACAUAAAUCUAAUAUCCUUAGCAAUGAUGAGAAGAAUGAGGAUUAAGGAGGCCAAGCCAACAAGAAUGGCCCUGUAA